AUGCUUCAAAAGCAUGUCGUCUGGGGCAUUUUAGGGUUUAUUUCCUCUUCUUUAAUUCUUCUCGCUGUUCUGCUUCUGUCGAGAUACCCGAGAGAUACCGCUACUAGGCCACAGCUACUACCUGGCCAGAGUUUCUGGCCAGAGAUUCCCGAGUACACAAGGGUCUUUGUGGAUGACAAGGACUGGAAAGACGCUGGCGAAGUCGGCGACGUACUUUGGAAUAACCUCUUGCCCAUUGGCGAAGGUUAUGUACCAAUCCCAUUUCCACGAAAGUAUGCUUUACCUGAGAGUGCUCCUUUCGAGGGAAACCCGGACAAGGCAGAGGUUUAUGCCACGGCCAGUGUGCACCAAUUACAUUGUCUAGCGACAAUACGAGAGAUGAUUAAGUCAUAUGAUCGGAGCGAGGUACCCGCAUAUGCUAGUGGUCACGCCUACCACUGUUUGAACUAUUUGCGACAAGAUGUGCUAUGCGCAGCGGACACAACUUUCGAGUAUGGGCAUCCUGUAUGGAAUGUUGAGAGGAACUUCAUACAAUACGAGUUUAGCGGAAUUGGUGCAGUGCAUCAAUGCCGAGACUGGAAUACUGUGAAGGAAUUCCUGGCCCAGCUCAGGCUCGGGUGCUAG